CGAUCCAUAAUUGACCGUUUAUAAACAAGAAGUGAACAAUGUACACUAGUGAGCUGAGCAAUGUUGAAGAUUUUCCGGCCACAAAAUAAGUCCAAUUCCACCGGAAAACUCCCUUUUCUAUCUUUCAAAUUAUCUUAUUGCUCCUCAAAUUCACAGCCAUCUUCUUCAUUUGCAUCGUCACAUACACAGCCUUUAUAUCUCACCAACGCUAUACUCAAUUGCAAAAGCACUAAACGUGCCCUGAAACUUUUUUACUCAGCCCCAAAACACAUUUCUUAUAAAAACACUCUUGAGCUACAUUCCGCUAUUAUUCACGUCUUGAACGAUGCUAAAAUGUACCUGCAGGCUCGAUGUUUGAUAAAAUGUCUCUUAGAACUGCUGCUUAAGACCCGGAGUUCUAAACGCGCUUGUUCUUCUGUUUUUGAUGCGAUCAGUGAGUUGAAAAGCAAGAAAGGGAAUUUUAAUGUGUUUGGGAUGUUGAUAAUUGCAUUGUCGGAGAUGAGUUUGGUUGAAGAAGCUAGGUGGGUUUUUGGGAAAUUAGGGGUAUUGCCUUCUGUGCAAGCGUGUAAUGCGCUGUUGGAUGGGUAUGUUAAGAUGGGGUGGUUUGAUUCUAUGUGGGAACUUUAUAAUUUUAUGUUGGAACGUGGUUUGGUGCCUAGUGUUGUUACUUAUGGUAUAUUGAUUGAUGCUUGUUGCCGUCGUGGCGAAAUCGAGAAAGCAUAUAAGCUGUUUGAUGAGAUUUCGUAUAAGAGGAUAACGCCGAAUGUUGUGAUUUAUACUACCCUUAUAUGUGGGUUAUGUGGGGAUGGUAGAAUUUUAGAAGCCGAAAGAUUGUUUAAGACAAUGCAGGAAGCUGCUGUGCUUCCUAAUUUACAUACAUACAAUGCUCUGAUGGAUGGGUAUUUUAAAUUGGCAAAUGUUUAUGCAGCUCUUGGAUUGUAUCAAGAGAUGUUGAGAAAAGACGUGAUGCCAAAUGUUGUUUCGUUUUGUAUUAUUAUCGAUGGGCUUAGCAAAGAAGGUAAAGCUGCAGCUGCACAUAGUUAUCUUGUGUGCAUGAUCAAGUUUGGUGCUAUUCCUAAUUUGAUACUUUAUAAUUGUUUGAUUGGAAGCUACUCUAGGGAAGGCAAUUUGGCUGCAGCAGUAAAAAUAUUUUCAGAAAUGGAAAGUUAUGGGUAUGCACCGGAUGCAUUUACUUAUAAUACCCUUAUUAAGGUUUAUUGUUCUGAAGGUGGAUUAGAGAAGGCACAUCACCUUUUUCAUGAAAUGAAUAAAUAUGGGAUCACUGCAAACUCUGUGACCUACAAUAGUUUGAUAGACGGUUACUGUAAAAAAGGUAAUAUGGACGAGGCUUCUAAGUUGUGUUCAAAUAUGAUGGAAACAGGUAUCAAGCCCAAUGUCAUCACCUUUUCGACUUUGAUAGAUGGUUACUGUAAGAUAAGGAACAUGGAAGCUGCUAUGGGAUUAUAUAUAGAAAUGGUAAUUAAAGGUCUUGAACCAGAUGUGGUUACUUACUCAUCUUUGAUUCAUGGACAAUUCAAAGACGGUAACACCAAAGCAGCCCUUCGUUUGUAUACUGAGAUGGAAGAAGCACAUGUGACGCCUAAUGCUUUUACAGUAAGUUGUAUGAUUGACGGGCUUUGCAAAAACGGAAUGAUUGCUGAAGCAAUAAAAUAUUUCCUAGAUAAACCCAUAUCUCAGCUUUCUGGCACUAAUAUUGCUCAGAUGGACCAUGAAGGUUGUUUAGCAAAUAAUGUUACUUAUACCGCUUUGAUUCAGGGUCUGUGCAAGGAUGGGCAGAUCUCUACAGCCAGUAAGCUUUUCUCAGACAUGCGUUCCCUUGAUUUGAGACCGGAUGUCCUCAGUUAUUAUACCAUCAUGAAGGGGCAUUUAAAAGUUAAGAAUGUGCUUGAUGUCAUGGUGCUACAGGCAGAUAUGGUCAAGUUGGGUAUCAUUGCAGACAGUCUCAUAUGUGAUAUGUUGACUAAUAUCCAUCAUGAGGUUGGAGAUCUGACCUCAGCACUCAAGUGUUCAUAGCAUCUGCAAAUACCCAGUCUUGAGUUGAUAAUAGAUUUAUAAGUUCUACGAUAUAGGGGGUGGGGGGCACUAACUCUGCUUAGCGGACCUAAUGCUUGAUGAAAUUUGAGAUGAGUAAGAGUGUACAGUGUUGUGCUUGUAGCCUACCCAUCAGUUGAGGAAACAACAUUGUUCCCCAGGUUUCCUAGAACCCAGUUGCCUGAGCACUGUUGAUUGCAUAACACCAAAAUCAAGCGGUCAAGAGUUUCCAGAUGAUUGUUGAGCUAACAUGUUAGGCCAAAUGCUAGUUACUUGAAAUGUGACUCGUUGAGCCAGUGUGUGUAUGUAGGAACCAAGAAGCGAAACAAAGUUCUUUGAUGUUUGGGGCGUGUCUGAACUCUGAACAGAAGAGUGUUGAAGGUUUUGAACAAGUAACAUCACUUGCAUGUGUGACAGCAGCAGUAGUGAAGCCUGGAAUCGAGAUAUCCAGAACCAACCAUUGAACCAUGUGUGUAUGCGAUCUCACUAUCUUUCCUCAUAUCCGCAUCCGGAUCAUCAUCAUGUGACCAAACUGAUUAAUGGACCUAGUUGCUAAUGUAAAUGUUUAUUGCUCCAAACUGAUACUUAUUUACAAAACUAUAUGUACUCUGUUUAACCA